AUGAGCGACGUCGAUGCUUUCCGCGAUGCAGAGCACAUCGCCGAUGUAUCCGGUCUAUCCUUCAACGACGAUGAGGACAGCGAUGCGUCUAUCGGCGCGGGCCCGCUCAGCGCCCAGGAUCGCACCCGCGUAAGGAAAGCCCAGUCUACAGCGAAGAUAGCUUCCAUCGACCGAUUACUUCGCGAUCUCGAUAUUCUGAUAUACUGUGAACUAUCUGCAUUAUAUUAUAUGGACUGCUCUGUUAUGCUAUUCGCCCUACGCGCCAUAGUAGAAUUGAUAUUCUUCACGCCGAAAGCGCCCCCCUUCGAUCCAACACGCAAUCAACCCUUCGUGUCCGCCAUCAUUGCCAGUAACCUAUUCUGCAUGUUCGUCCAUGCAUUCAUUAUUCAGCCCGAGGGAACAGAAGCCACGCGCGGCUAUUUACAUGGUGGUUUAUUUAUCGAUUUCAUCGGACAACUACCCGUCUCUACCUUUCGACUUCUAGCAUUCGACAUCUUAAUCUUCCUCGUCGAUUUCAUAAUGCUAGGACUAAUCAUCGAGCGUGUAAAAACUGCCGCGAUAAUCUCUCCUCCAACCCCUCCAACUACAACUCCAAGCACAAACGCAAAUACCGAUUCAACGAAUACAGAUCCAAAUCCAAAUACAAAUACCAAUGGAGAAACGACUCAAACGGACACAAACACGAACACAAAUAACGAGGGACAAGACCACGACGCAGAAGAACGAGGCAUAGUCCGCGGAACAGAAGAGCCCGAGACAUCAAACUCACCAACCUCCACAACACCACCCGUCAUAUCAAUAGACGACGACGACAUAAAUGAUGAACGAGUUUCUCUCCUCGCCGACCCCGGCGACAGCACAUCCGGCAGAGACAAUCACCCCCUCGACUCUUUUGCAUCAGGACUUGCUGUUAUCAUGGACAUGGGGAUUUUCAGCACUAUACGCGAUCAAUGGGCGUACUCUACUACACCGCAACGACCGACGGGGUACUCGCCCUCGCCGGAGACAGCUACGUUUCUGCGACAGCGUUUCGGGUUACAGGUUGGGGCGAAUGGGCGUUUUGUACGGGUCAAUCAAUAG